GUCGAACAUGACCAGAUCUUCGAAUCUGGAAAUUCUCAUUUUCCAGGUUCUCACCUUGCCCCCCAAAAAAAAGACAAGAUAAAUGUUCGUUCCGCAGACAACUGACUUUCUACCAUGGCCUGCUGUACCUGCGCAAAGCUUUUACACUUGGUGCCCCGCUUCGUCCAUGAGACCGAGAAGCCUCUCCCGGACGAUCGCCGAUUGAGCUGUUGCGGCCGAGUAAUUUGCGGUAACUGUAUACAUAACAACCCCCGUUUCAGCAAUUACUGUCCUUACUGCCAAACCCCAUCAUCAUCAUCAUCUUCCUCUUCCUCUUCAUACCUUACUCCCAUAAACCCCCGCGGUCCCAAAUAUCGCCCUCCUUCUCACCAUUACCGAGCUGAAAAUACACAAGCCGCCCACGACGACAACGAUACACCACCACCAUACCCCGGCCCUAUCUCCUUCAACAAUCAUCUUCCUCCCCCAUCCUCUUCACCGCCCCCUUAUUCUUCAACCAUCUCUCUCACAGCCAAAGCAUCAACCCAACAAGAGCCCAAACCUCCACAAGACAACCCAAACACCACCAUCCCAGACACAAUUCACCACCUCACACCCCACGACACCCUCCCCUCCCUCUCCCUCCGCUACUCGAUCCCCCUUCCCGUCCUCCUCGCGCAUAACCGUCUCCCGCUCUUCUCUCUCUCCACCUCUUCCUCCCCUUUCCACUCCAGUUCUUCCGCACUUCUAUUCGCCCGCGGUAGACGCACCAUCCGCAUCCCGGGAGAAUACAACCCAUCCGGCGUAUCGCUUUCUCCUUACCCUGUAGAAAGCGACGAGGAGGUUGAACGGAAGAAGAAGAUAAGGAAGUGGAUGAUGAAAACCAAAGUGGCGGAUUAUGAUGUGGCGGUUUUGUAUAUGGAGGGAAAUGAUUGGAAUGUGGAAAGCGCAGUAAAGGCGUUGGAGGACGAUGAGAUGUGGGAGGCCCUAAACCAACCGCCUACGGAGGGGAAAGGGAGGGUUAUGGGAAGGACGUGGAUUAGUGGGGUGAAGAGGUUGGUUCCCGCUGCUUCUAGUACUGCGUCGAAGUUUGGCAAAUAGGUAGUCAAGCUGGGCAUCGGGACUUGAAAGCCAGGAGGACUGGAUCGUGAGCAGUUAUGAUGCCAUGCUUUGUGUACCCAAAAUUUUGUAUAUUGCCAAGCAAUAUGGCUCUUCUUUUCUUUUUGUUUAGCCACGUACCAUUCUGUCUCUUCUUUCCAUCGUUUGAUCUAAGCACAA